CAUCAGGGAAGGGUCUCAAAGACGGACAGUUUCCCAACUAAAAAGCAAAAUAAAGAAGUUUUUUGUCAUAUAGCAACACUAAAUGUUGCUAAACCCACACAACGUUACCUUAUACGUUCUUUUUAGUGUCAUUUUAUAAACACUUCCAAUCAGACAGUUAGCCGAACUAAGAACGUUGCCUAAUAUUUUGCUUGCUAGCCACCAGCUAGGUUUGACGCUAGCCCGUGUGUAUGUUUUCAUGCUGCUCGAUUGGCUCCAUUUCUAAGGUAAUUGAGCAACAAUGCUUAUCAUAAUGUGACUUGGGUUUAUACAGAUCGUUGCCAGUUACUCGAGCAGUGAAGUCAUGUGUGACGUGACUCAUCAGUUGCCUAAGAGCAGCACUUUCCCCACUGUCUAGUAGUAUUUGUGGGCAAAGGUUCGGUUGGUUUUCGCCAGUUUACGACGUUGGACAUAUUUUUCUAAUCUGGAAAAAUGCCUGGAAUGGUGGUGUUUGGUCGGCGAUGGGGGAUCGCCAGUGACGACCUUGUCUUCCCCGGUGCAUUUGAACUGUUCAUCCGUCUACUCUGGUGGAUCGGCACUCUGAUCCUCUUCAUUCACCACCGAGGUCAUUUUGAGUGUCAUGGAAGAGACGUUCUUCACACUUACUUCGUGGGAUUGUUGGUUGUGCUUGGUUUCAUUAUUCUGUCGUUAUGGGCGAUCGUCUUUGUCAGUGCACAAGGCACCAUCACAAACUCUGGCCCACGGCGCUCCAUGCCAGCACUGGUGUACCUCCGAGCUCUGCUGUACAUUCCUGAGCUGGUGUGGGCCUGCCUGGGAGCUGUGUGGGUGUCUGAAGACAGCAAAGGCUGCGAUCUGGCCACGGUGGGCACUGUCAUCUCAGCAGUGAUUGCCAGCUGGAUCAUCCUGUUCUUCACGGCUGUGGGUGUGCUGGUUGUGUUUUACCCUCUUGGAAACCCUCAGUCUCAGCCUGCCCCUGUGGAGCCUUUGGGGGUUCGAAACCUGCAGAGCACAGAGCAAACCCAGUUCUUCUCCACCGCCCGCUCCCUGGCUGUUGAUGUGUGGGAGUGCAGACUGAGGAUCAUGUGCUGUUGUCUGCCACAGGAUGAAAGCAACAGAGCGGUGUUUUCCAAUAUCGCCAAACUUCUCAACAGAUUCUUCUCUGACACAGAUUUGGUCCCCAGUGACAUCGCAGCUGGUUUGGCUCUGCUGCAGCAGGAACAGGACAAGAAGGAACAGAGCAGAGACCCAGACUCUGUCGUCACUCACAGUCCAUCCUCUCCCAUGGGCGAUGAUUUGGAGCUGGAGCUGAAGAAGUCUGCUCACUGGAUGCAGUUUGCUGCUGCAGCAUAUGGCUGGCCACUCUACAUUUUCUCCAACCCUUUUACUGGACCAUGCAAACUUAGUGGAGACUGCUGUAGGAGUCAUGCAGCAGAGCAUGACAUAGUCGAAGAAGAUUGCCUUGGCUGCCACUUCUCAUCCAUCCUACAAACCACUGGUUUGCAGUACAGAGACUUCAUUCAUGUCAGCUUCCACAACCAGAUCUAUGAAAUCCCCUUCUACGUGGCUCUGGAUCAUAAACAAGAGGCUAUUGUUGUGGCUGUGAGAGGAACGCUAUCACUGAAGGAUGUUCUUACAGAUUUGUCAGCUGACUGUGAGAACCUGCCAAUAGAGGGAGUGACAGGAGCCUGUUACGCUCACAAGGGCAUCAGCCAGGCUGCCACCUAUCUCUACAAGAAGCUGGUAAACGACGGAAUUCUGAACCAGGCUUUUACUGUUGCACCGGAGUACAGACUGGUCAUUACUGGUCACAGCCUGGGAGCUGGCACUGCUGCAGUGUUGGCCAUUCUUUUACGAAGCUCCUUCCCCAGCCUGCAGUGUUACUCAUUCUCGCCACCAGGGGGACUCUUGAGCAAAGCCUUAGCUGAUUAUUCCAAGGACUUUGUGGUCUCUGUCAUUUUGGGAAAGGAUCUUGUUCCCAGACUAAGUAUUCCUAACAUGGAGGAUCUGAAGACUAGAAUUCUUAAAAUCGUUUCAAACUGCAAUAAACCUAAGUACCGUAUCCUGCUCCAGGGCCUGAGGUAUGAGCUGUUUGGUGGAGCACCUGAUGACUGCCCUACAGAGAUGGACAACAGGAGGGAGCAGGAGCUCAGCCUGCCGCUGCUGGGGGAGGAGUCUCUGGUGAUCCGUCCUUCAGAGUCCUAUCACACCAUGGGUUCAGACGACUCACCUGUCCCCAAGCCAACAUACUUACCCCUCUUCCUACCUGGGCGUGUUCUGCAUAUCAAGGAAGAUGGGCCGACGCGGAGGUCCUGGUUUUCCCAGGCCAGGUACCAUGCAGACUGGUCCAGAGAAACUGAAUUCCUGAGUAUUCUGAUCAGCCCCAGGAUGUUGGCAGAUCACAUGCCCGAUGUUGUGCUCCGAGCUCUGAACAGCCUGACCACAGAGCGACCUAUUGCCCUCUGCUCUUCAAACCUUAACGAUAGCCAGCACAACACUAUCUGAGAGGUAUCCUACAGAUUAACUCCCUGUAUUCUACGCAAUGUCCACUUUUAUUUAUAUGUGCGUACAUGUAUCCUCUUGAGUCGCUCAACUACUCUACAAAUUACAUUUUCUUAAAAACACAUCGGGCUCGGGAUUUAUGACACAGCCUCUGGAACACUACCUUAUUGUAGUUGAAUUAAAAAACAAGGGAUUUAAAAGUUGGUGUGGAUCGAAGACUGGUUAGAGUGAUUCUCCUGAGGCUGUGUUUAAAUAAGCAAUACAAGGGGGGCUGGGAGGUCGAUUUUCUGCUGCCUCCACCUGUAGCUAACAUGUUUCUUUGUUAUUUAAGGUUUGAUUAUCAGGUGUUCAGACUUACACAGGUGAUACUAAACUUCAAAAAGAAGUACUGGAACACUAGAUCCUGUUUCCCUGCAAGUUCCAAACUACAUCACUCACGAACUUGGACCGUGGAAGAGUAAACGUUAUAAAUUCUGACAGAAACUUCAGUUUGGAGUCAGAGAAGCGUUCUUUUAUAGUGAGAUAAUGUAGCAAACAGAUUCUUAAAAUAGCUUACAGUGAAUGUGGUCUACACUGAAUGUAUCAAACCUGUUUAAUGACCAUGUUUACCACACUUUAAAAACAUUGAUUUCAGAGAGAAAAGUUGAAGCACAGCUGGUUUGUUUGCACUUUUAAUUAUUUAAUUUCAAAUCCUUUGUUUUUAUACCAGGCCUGAAAAAACACCUGAUGCCAUGAUCUGUGAAUGUGCAAUGUGUGUAAUAUUUGUCGGUGCUGCUGUGGUUGUCUCAAAGGCCGUUUUCUUUUUCUACUGAACAUUUGUGUGUUUGCAGAAAAAUGAUACAGCGCCACAGGUGUGAGUUUAUUUUGUCAAAUGUGAGUUUCCUUAUUGUCUACAUUAUAAAGUGUACUGUGUCUUAUGUUUGUUGUUUGGAGACUAAAAUGAUCAGUGCCUAUACAUCAGAAACAAAAAAGUCCAGAAGAAUGCUUCAAAUAUGGACUGACUUCAGACUGCAUUGUGUUUACAGCAUAUGUGUUUCAUUAACUGGGGUUAAAAAAAAAGAAAAAUAUAUUUGCAAAAGAAGACUGGACCACAUAGAAAAAACAUAGUACAAUAUCCAAGCUUUCUGGCCGACCUUUAUUUUAUAUCACAGUCAAAAUACAUUUUCCAUUUGAUCACAUAAGUCAGAAAAUCAAAAAAAAAAAAGAAAAAAAAAGAGGGAUUUAAAUUAGGUGGCUUCCAAUUUCUUGUUGUUUUAGAAUUUUGACUACAAUUUCUCUUCCCACAUGGCCCGUCUUCUCUUCUUGUCAGAGAAGCAGAUUUUCUUACAGAUGAAUUAAAACAAGAAUCUGUUGUGUUUACACCUGUGUUUGUUCCACAUCUUCUGUAGUGUUAGAAAGGUGCAUGAACAUAAUGUCCAGAGGGUAAAAGAUCAUAAAAUGAUGUGAAUGUGCACUUUCCAUUUAAUUUGUCAAAGAAUAUGUUGAAAUCGAAUUAAACUGCAAAUGUGAUUUAUAAUCACCCGAAGAAA